AUGGUUCCCGAGGUAAGGGUCCUCUCCUCCUUGCUGGGACUCGCGCUGCUCUGGUUCCCCUUGGACUCCCACGCACGAGCCCGCCCAGACAUGUUCUGCCUUUUCCACGGGAAGAGGUAUUCCCCCGGCGAGAGCUGGCACCCCUACCUGGAGCCCCAGGGCCUGAUGUACUGCCUGCGCUGUACUUGCUCCGAGAGUGCCCAUGUGAGCUGUUACCGCCUCCACUGCCCGCCUGUCCACUGCCCCCAGCCUGUGACCGAGCCACAGCAGUGCUGUCCCCGGUGUGUGGAACCUCACACCCCCUCUGGGCUCCGGGCCCCGCCAAGGUCCUGCCAGCACAACGGGACCACGUACCAACAUGGAGAGAUCUUCAGUGCCCACGAGCUGCUCCCUUCCCGCCUGCCCAACCAGUGUGUCCUCUGCAGCUGUACAGAGGGCCAGAUCUACUGCGGCCUCAUGACCUGCCCAGAACCAGGCUGCCCUGCACCCCUCCUGCUGCCUGCCUCCUGCUGCCAGGCCUGCAAAGAUGGGUCAAGUGAGAAAUCAGCUGAAGAGGAUGCCACGCAGUCACACCGUGGGGUGAGACAUUCCCAGGAUCCGUGUUCAGGAGACGGUGGGAGAAAGAGAGACCUGAGCACCCCAAGCCCCACUGGCCCCAGUGCCCCCCUGGGCUUCCUCCCUCGCCACUUCCGACCGAAGGAGGCAGGCAGCACGACAGUCAAGAUUGUUCUGAAGGAGAAACAUAAGAAAGCCUGUGUGCAUGGCGGGAAGACGUACUCCCAUGGGGAGGUGUGGCACCCAGCCUUCCGCUCCUUUGGACCCCUGCCCUGCAUCCUGUGCACCUGUCAGGAUGGCCGCCAGGACUGCCAGCGGUUGACCUGCCCCACUGAGUACCCCUGCCGUCAGCCCAAGAAAGUGGCUGGGAAGUGCUGCAAGAUUUGUCCAGAGGACAAGGCAGACCCUGGCCACAGUGAGAUCAGUGCCACCAAGUGUCCAAAGGCGCCGGGCCGGGUCCUUGUCCACACGUCAGUAUCCCCAAGCCCGGACAACCUGCGUCGCUUGGCCCUCGAGCGUGAGGCUUCUGAACAGGUGGAGAUCUACCUCUGGAAGCUGGUAAAAGAUGAGGAAACUGAGGCUCAGAGAGGUGAAGUACCUGGCCCAAGGCCACACAGCCAGAAUCUUCCACUUGAUUCAGAUCAAGAAAGUCAGGAAGCAAGACUUCCAGAAAGAGGCACAGAACUUCCGGUUGCUCACUGGCACCCACAAAGGUCACUGGAACGUCUUCCUAGCCCAGACCCCGGAGCUGAAGGUCACGGCCAGUCCAGACAAAGUGACCAAGACCUUAUAACAAAGACCUGA